AUGGGUGCCUCAGAAUCCACACUCUCAAGCUCACAGAGGCCAGCCGAUGAAAUCACCACCGUGUCUGAGCGGUCAGAAGUCGCCGAUCCCGUCUUAGAAAAGCUCAAAUCCCUCAAAAUUUCGACGCCGAUACUGACUUCACCCCCGGCUGAGGGUAGCUUGACUGACAUUUUAGUGAGGAAACCUUCGUCGUCUUCUGUUUCAAGUAUUGUGAACCCAAAAGUGCUAUUGGAACUCUUCUCUAUGUACCGUGAUUGGCAGGAAGAGAAGGUGCAAAAGAUGAGCAAAAGACAGGAAGACAUAGAAGAUAAGAUAGAAGUAGCUGAUGCUUUGGCUGUUAAACUUCUUCAACGUUUUAAUUAUUCAGUGUCAGCAAUGAAGACGUCUUCGCAACAUUUAUCUGAAGUUCAUGCAUUGCAGGUGGAGAUUGGGGAGCUUAAAGGAAGGCUGACAGAGGUAAUUAGUAACUGUGAUGCACUGUGCCGGAGAAUAUCAGUGGAAGGACCAGAAUCUCUUAGGUCAUCUGUCAAGCCAUUUGCAGUCGGCACUGCCGACCAAGAAUUUCAAUCAAGCUCCUCUGAUCUGCAAAGAGAUCUAAACCGAAGUCUACCUUCUGCCGAAACCAAGUUAGACUGA